AUGGCUUCCAACUUUGAGCUUUCAGAAAGAAGCAGCCCAAAACAACAUAGAAUCAGUCCUAGAGCCGAUAAGGAGGAGGUGGACUACAUGCAGAGAGCUCAGUGGCUAAGAGCUGCCUUGCUCGGAGCCAACGAUGGUCUGGUCACAGUCGCGUCUCUCAUGAUGGGUGUUGGUUCUAUCAAAGAAGACGUAAAAGCAAUGUUGCUUGUUGGUUUUGCCGGCCUUGUAGCAGGUGCGUGCAGUAUGGCCAUUGGAGAGUUUGUGUCUGUGUGCACACAAAGGGAUAUUGAAACUGCUCAGAUGAAGAGAGCUAGUGAGACUAAGACAUCACUACCAGCAAUCGACGAACAAUAUGAGGAGGAGAAGAAAGAGCGGCUUCCAAAUCCAGGACAAGCAGCACUGGCAUCAGCGUUAGCAUUUUCAGUGGGAGCAGCAAUGCCGCUUCUUGCAGCUGUAUUCAUAGAGAAUCAUAAGGUAAGAAUGGCGGUGGUAGCGAUUGUGGCCACCCUGGCAUUAUUGGUGUUUGGAGUGACCGGUGCGGUCCUGGGAAAAACAAGUGUGUUCAAGUCAAGCGUUAGGGUGGUGAUUGGUGGUUGGAUGGCUAUGGCUCUUACCUUUGGUCUUACCAAGUUCAUUGGUUCGGAAGCCAUGCAAAUCUAGACACUCUUUCGGUGAUCAUCUUGUUUUCAUGCAUCUCAAUUAAUAAUGUUUGUAUCAUAUAAGCACACUAUCUCACCUCAACUAUGUAUGAAAUGUAAAAUACAUCACAAUAAACACCAAAAAAGGUUAAAUAAA